ACAAUAACAACAACCCUUGUGUGAAACUUUGGACCUGUGGUUUGGACUUUAACAAAAUUAAAGCAAUUUAAAAAUUUAACAAUGGUCUAAUUCAUUAAAUUUUUGUUAAUUAUUAACAAUGCCAAAAUUUUUAAGGCCAUGAAAAAAUACCGCUGUGAUUUCAUAAAAAAAUAUCAUGUCCUGAUACUUAAACGCUAAAACAUGAAAAUUUUAAGUGUUUUACUGUCAGUAUCUAUAGUUUUUACAGCUAUUACAGGAGAUUAUAUUGUAUUUCAUUCAAAAUAUUCAGAAUUCUUCAUCUUUCGUGCUGUAAUCGAUAAUUUUGUGCAUGCCAGUAUUGGCACACUAUCAGCAUUAUUAUUUUUUAUAAAUGUGGAUAGAUCAAGACAGGCUUGGAUAUAUAAUAUCAUUAUAUGCACUAUAGUAUCAUCACUGAUUGAUGUGGACCAUUUUAUUGUUGCAAAAUCUGUGCAUUAUAAGGAUUUAACAAACCUUAAAUAUAGAGGAUUUCUUCACUGCACAUCUUUAUGGUUUAUUUUAACAACUAUUUUAUUAAUUUAUAGCUAUAUUUAUAUGAAAAAUAAUAUAUAUGUUCUAUCAUAUAUGUUAAUAUUAGCAUAUACUAGUCAUCAUAUUAGAGAUGGUAAUCGACGAGGUCUUUGGGUUUAUCCAUUUGGUCAUACUCCACCAAUACAUAAAUAUGUAUAUGUUUUAUUAUUAGGUAUAUUACCUAUAAUUUUUGGAUAUAUUUUUCAAUUAAUGAAGCCAAUUACUAAAAAUACCAUAGUGCAAUAUAGUAUGUUAGUAUAAUAAUAUGUUAUCAGGUACCUACCAGAUAAUUAAAUUUUACGAUGACCAAAAUUUAACAUUAAAAAAAAGAGUGCGUACAAAGUACACAUGUCAGAAGUGAAACUUCUUUGGCAAACUAAUUUUAAGUCUUGUUAAUUUUUAUACAAAUCUAAAACUUUAGAUGCCAGAAUAAAAAAUAAAUUCAUGAUUAAUAACUGCUAUUCUAGUUACCAGUAAUAUUUUAAUUUUGUAAGCAAACCCACACAAACAAACAUCAUAUUUAUGAUAUACAUAAUGCGGGUUUUGCUUGUAUGUGAUAAAUAAGUGAUAUAAUAAUGAGUCAGUGAAUACUUUUGAAAAAUAUACUAGUGAAUACUAUUUAAUACUAUUUUUUAUCUGUAAUACUUCAUAUUGUUCCUUAACAGCAUAUUUGAAUGCAAAAUAUUGGUAAUCCAUAAUCUUGUGAUAUAUAUAAUCAACCUGUAGUUGAAACUAUCACCCUUAUACCAUAAAAUAUCAGCACUUAUUGAACUUUUUAGCUUAAGUAUUUAGCUGUAUCUUCUUGUCACAGCGUAAACACUAUUUGAUAUACCAUAUGUAAAUUGACUGAUUUGGUUUUGUUAAUAUGGGUAAAUCCAUAUCCAUAUCAUUAUUUCAUAACCUAUGUAAAAAAUUAUAUAAUGCCACUUUAAAAAAAAAUACUCGUAUCAUUAAGUAAAAAUAUUAGGGACUGUGAUGUUAAGUGUUAAUUCAAUCAAAGUUAAAUUAAAUGCUAUAUUGAAUAUAAUAAAUAUUUUUGGGUUUAA